UAUGCUCUAAUAAGAGUGUACUAUGUACACACUUCAGUUUGCAGAGUAUCAUCUGCUUUCAUGUUAGCGUUAACGUUUUCUGUACCUCUCCCUUCUAACUCUGCGCAGACGUCGCUGCUGUCGCUGCCGGACGACGACCUGCUGAGCGUGCUGGAGUACGUGAGCACGCCAGACCUGCUGUCGUGCCGGGCGGUGUGCCUUCGUUUGCGGGACGUCGCUCUUCGGCCGGAGCUGUGGCGGCGACGCAGCAUUGACAUCGAGUAUAAUGCCUCCACCAGAAGCCUCGAAGCCGCCGUCCUGCGCGUGGCGCCGUGUCUCUCCACCAUGUCCAUGCGGUUUGCAGGCGGCAGCCACGCGCUCGGCACGCUGGCCGCCACGACCAGAUGCGCGGCGGCCGAGCUGAUCCUCGACGUGGGCCACAAGCCCGCGGGGUGGGAAGCGGCCAAACUCGCGCUCCGCAACCAGGCGGCGCUGGGGACGCUGAGGACUCUGGUACUGUCCUGUCCGCUGGCCGCCAUCCCCGGGCUGAAGGACCUGCCGCUGGUGGCGAAGUGCGCGUCGCUGCGCUCCCUCAAUCUGGCCGUGGAUGAAUGCCCCUACAAUGCUGAGCCCCUGCACGCGGCGGCCUUCCUGCGCGCCGCCACGCACCUCGAGGAACUCGUGCUCCAGUACCAAAUUAUAGAAGACUGUAAUGUAGACGUAGACGUUCCCGUGGAGCAGGGGCUGCUGCCGGCGCUGGCGUCCUCGGGCCGCGCCUCCCUGCGGAAGCUGGUCCUCAAUUGGGGGGAUUUCCGCAACGACCGCCGGGUGACGGAGCUGGCCUCGGCUCUGCCCGGACUGCCCGCCCUGGAGUGGCUCGUCCUGCCCCACGUUGUGCCCCGGCGCGUCCUGCCCGCCAUCAACCCCGGCAGUGCGCCCCGUCUUCGCGGCCUUAGCUUACCCUCCUGUAUGGUCAAGUGCGCGCACGGCGCCCUGCACGAGCCAGACGUGUGCCGCAUCCUCGCCAGCUACCGCCACUUCUACCUGGUCGUGGGAAUCAUGUGGUGCGGGGAGGAGGGGCGGUGCGAGCACUGCGCAAAGGGCUGCCACGGCUUGCCCUUGCCAAUCGGCAAAGAACUUGUGGGCUUCUACACGCACGAAGCGCCCAGCAAGGAGGCUGUGGAUGGAUUGAGCCUGAAGUCUCCAUGCGAGACGUGGAUGAAAGUGUGACCCGCACACCGAGAAAAGACUUUGCCAAGUUUAUUUCAGGGUAGAACAUUCCCUGUUGAGAAUUUGAAGUGCAUUUGAUGCCUUGCAGUAAUUUAGACAUCCAAGAAGUCCAAGAAGUAUAAAACUAAAUGUAUUUUGUUUAUAAACCAGAAAUUAUCUUAAGUAUGCAGAUUAUAUUGGUAUUACUUCAGCAAAAACACUUAUUAGAAACAGUAAUUAAUUGAAAUGUUACUAAAUGUUUGCUGAAGAAAUUUUUAAUGCUCUAGUGCUUUGUGAAAAAAAUUAUACUUAGUGUAUCUUUGCAUUCAUAGACCAUUCAAAUAUUUUGUCACUGUCCCAAAGAUUUUAUUUUUUCGAAAGAAAUGAAAGGUUCGCAAAAUUUAAAUCUACUGAUGCUUUUAGAUAAGUUCAUUGUGUUAUCCUGAAAACGUGUCAACUAUGAAUCAUUCAGUCACCUAGUCAUCAUUUAUGACAGUUUUAUUCCCUUUCUUUGUUACAAUAUUCAUUGCAAAUUAAGUUUACUAUCUCAUUCUACAGGCUCAGGCAUUUUUGCCUAAGAAGUUUUGCCUUUGGUCUGUUUUUAUUUGUAAAAAAGAAACUUGAAAAAAUACUACAAAAAAGAAACAAGUGAGGGAAAGAAAUAAAUUUUCUCUUUAUACAGCGUU